AUGGCUCUGCGAGAGGCAGCACUUUUAGGCAUAAUCAUUGUAUUCUCAGAUGUAUGUAAGACAUAUGGCAGUGGCAUCUAUUAUACCUUCAACAAAACUGCGUUUCAUCUGAAGACUACAUGUCCUGUAACGCUUACACACUUCAGUCAUGCUGGAGUGGACUGUCAUAUCAUCAUCCAGCGUGGACUGAAUGGCCUGAUGGACAGAGUGGAGAUCAUCAUAAAUAAAGUCACAACCCUCAUUCACAAUAACACUGCGACUGUGGAAGGCAGCAGUAUUUCCCUUCCAUACGACCAAACCUAUCAGCAUGUGUUUCAUUAUGGAAUCUAUACCAGGCUCCAAAGCAAAGUUUUGCCAGUGUCUGUCACAUGGUACAGUGUAGCUAAUGGUGUCAGUUCGCUUUGGGUGCAACUGGACCAGGAUUUAGUGGAGGGUAUGAGUGGACUUUGUGGGCACCAAAACAGCUCAGAAACUAUGCAGCAACUGAUAUCCACCAGUAUCCUCUCUGAUGGACAAUGCCUGAUACAAGACUCUGUUGUGCAGACAAACACAGUUUGUAAAGAUCUUUUGUCCCAUGCUUACGAAUGUCUCGCCACUAAAUAUCGAACCUACCUGACCCUGUGUUACAAAAAUAUGAAAGGAUUAUGGCAUCAAGAAGCAAACUGCUCAUUUUUUAAAGAGCUCUCGCUUAUGUGUGGGAGUUCCAGUCCAGUGUGGUCAGUGUGGAGAUCAAAAAGCAACUGCUACCAACCUCACUGUCCUGGAGACUUGCACUAUGUAGAGAUGGGUCCUGCUUUCCCCCCAACCUGCAGCAACCCACAGAAUUAUACCACAGAACUCACCAGCACCUGCCUACCUGCCGAAGGGCAGGAGCGCCGAACAAAGUGCCAGGCCUGUACCUGCAUCAGAGGAAAUUGGGCAUGUUCUAGAAACACAUGUCCAGCCAAGUGUAUUAUUGAAGGCCAGUUCAUCACUACAUUUGACGGCAAACAGUAUUCUAUGCUAGACAAAUGCACCUUUGUGGCUGCAAGGGGGCUUAACUGGACAUUGAACAUUCAGUAUUCCGAGCAAGGUGUUGUCAUAGAAAAGGCAUAUCUUAAUAUCAACCAGGAAAGAUAUACUUUUUCUGCAAACAGCAUACAACUGAACAACAUAGAAAUCAGUGACCUAUCACAGACUGAGUCUACCACAGUCUUUUGGCAGUCUUCAAUGUUCAUUCAAGUUCAGACUUCAUUCGGCUUGAAAAUGCAAGUUCAAGUCUCUCCAGAAAUUCAAAUAUAUCUGAAUUUGCCGCCAACCGCAAAUACCAAAGGUCUUUGUGGAACUUUUAAUAAUGACACAAGCGAUGACUUCACUACUUUUAGUGGUAUCAUAGAAAGUUCGGUUCAGCUUUUUGCCCGGUCCUGGUCAAUGGGCACUUGUACCCUAAUUACUGGAUGCAUCAACACUGAAAAUGAGGAGAACUGUGACCAACUGACAGAUCCAGAAGGAGUGUUUGCCGUGUGUCAUGAUUAUGUACCUGUUUCGCCCUAUGUCGAGGCAUGUGUGAAAAGAACAUGUCAGUGCUCGACUGCAUUACAGGAAUGUUUGUGUGUCUCCUUUGGUAACUACGCAAAAGCCUGUGCAACUCAGGGAAUCAUUGUUGGCGACUGGAGAUCAGAAACAAACUGCAUUCCUUUGUGCAUGGGCAACCUGAGGUUUGCUUACUCAGCGUUGGCAUGUAACCAUACCUGCCGUUCCCUCUCGGGCCCUGAUCCCACCUGUGAGGUGGUGGACGACCCUGUGGAGGGGUGUGGAUGCACAUCAGACUCUCACCUGAGCAACCAACAGACCUGCAGCCCUCGUUCACUGUGCAGCUGCCACCAUCCUGGAGGUGUCACACCUCCAGGCCCAGUGGUUAUCGGUGGACGCCAGUGCUUAUGUGAAAAUGGACAACUUCAUUGUCCUGAAGUUUGCAAUUGCACAGUGGGAAAGAUUUGUGUGGAUUGCUCACAAAUACCAGUGAACACAGACCAUAGGACGUGUGAAAGCUUGACCAAACCUGUAAGUGAUGGCAACAGCUGCAUCAGUGGCUGUUAUUGUCCGGAUGGCCUUUUUGAAGAUCAUAAUGGUGGUUGUGUGACUCAUGAAAACUGCACCUGUGAAUUCAGCGGGAGAGUGUAUGAAACUGGGCAGAGUGUGGAGACAAACUGUAAAAAAUGCACAUGUAGAGGUGGUGAGUGGUCUUGUAUUGAUGAGGCAUGCUCAGGAGUAUGUGAGGUGUUUGGAAAUGGGCAGUAUCGCACCUUUGACUCCAAAUGGUACAGAUUUGAUGGCCACUGUCAAUACACCCUGGUGAAGGUGAGUGUUUGCAAUCUGACAAAUGGGCAGUUUGCAAUUAAAACUGAGAGUGUUCCGUGUUGUGACGAAUCUUUGACAUGUUCCCGUGCCAUCUCAGUGGAGCUUCUGGGUGCAGUGACUCUGAUGUUGAGCGAUAUGAAGGUAACUGAGAGACUUCAGGCAGGGGACGCAUUGCUGGCAGAGCCCCUGUACGCCAUCCACACUGUGGGCCUCUACAUCAUUAUCACAGUUCCUGGACUGGGUAUCACUGUAAUCUGGGACAAACAUACCAGGGUCACCAUCCAACUAGAGCCUCAGUGGAGAGGCCGAGUGCUAGGGCUUUGUGGGAACUUUGAUGGGAAGGUGACAAACGACCUUCUGACAAGCAUCUCCUCAGAAGUUUUCAGUGUUUUGGACUUUGGGAAUAGUUGGAAGGCUGCAGCUCCGCCAUGCUCAGAUGUAACCCAUGAAAUAUUUCCCUGUGAACGACACUCCUACUGUGCAGCCUGGGCACAGCGGCGAUGUAUGAUCCUGAGAUCAGACACCUUUAUAGAUUGCCAUCUGAAGGUGGAUCCAGAGCCUUAUUACCAGGCCUGUGUUUUGGAGUCCUGUUCUUGUGAGUUUGAGGGAAAGUUUCUCGGCUUUUGUACUGCUGUCUCAGCUUACACAGAGGCGUGCAGUGCAAAGGACGUCUGCAUCAACUGGAGAACCCCAGAUUUGUGUCCGGUGUAUUGUGACUAUUACAAUGACGUGGGCCAGUGCACCUGGCAUUACAAUCCCUGUGGCCAGGUUAAGACCUGUGGCACUAAGAACCGCUUUACAGGAAAACUUGAAGGUUGCUACCCAAGAUGCCCUGAGGAGACCCCAUAUUAUGACGAAAACUUAGGUAAAUGCACCGCUUUGGACAACUGCACUUGCAACUUCAUGAAC